CACACCCCGAAUUUGAAAUUAAAGCAUUACCCUUCUUUCUCUCUCUCUCUCUCUCUCUUCGUUCGGGUGAAUCUUUCUAUAGCGAAUCAUGGGUAAAUGGACGGAUAAACUUUACAUUACGCAUUCCGAAUGGAGUGGUGAAGUGGGUCAGCAUGGCGCUUCAUCGGGAACGACUGGACGCACUCGUAACGAAGGGUUUCGACGCUUACCGUUUUACUGUUGUUCACUGUCACUGCAGCCUUUUGAGCAUCCCGUAUGCACUGCGGACGGUAUUGUCUUCGACCUGAUUCACAUCAUUCCCUACAUCAAGAAAUACGGCACCAAUCCAGUGACCGGCGAACCACUUGCUGCCAAAGAUCUCAUUCAACUCCACUUCCACAAGAACGACAAAGACGAAUACUACUGUCCUGUCACCUAUAAAGUAUUCAGCGAUCACACCGCCAUUGCCGCCAUCAAGACUUCGGGUAAUGUGUUUGCCUACGAUACGAUCGAACGUCUCAAUAUCAAAGCAAAAUACUGGCGAGAUCUUUUGACCGACGAACCUUUUACUCGGAAAGAUAUCAUCAUGAUCCAGGAUCCUCACAAUCUGGAGAAACGCAACAUGUCCAAAUUUCAUUAUCUGAAGCACGAUUUGAAGGUGGUCAAUGCAGCGGAAGAACGAGAAAAGCGAAAAGCCAUCAAUAAUAUCAAUGUGGCCGGGAUUGGAGGAACCGCCGGUCGCGUGUUGGCCGAAUUGCAGAAAAAGGAAGAUGGCGGCGGAAACGACGAGUCAACCACACCAGCAGCAGCAGCGGAAACAACGAGCUCUCCUACAAGCGCGGGCAGUUCAGGAACAGCCGUGGCCGCAGUAAAGAAAGAGCAAAAAGCCACAAUAUUCCAUCCAAAAAAAGCGGCCACCCCUUACAAUGCGGCUCACUAUUCGACAGGUCGUGCCGCGGCUUCGUUCACUUCGACAGCCGUCGAUACAGUCACGGUGAAUGAACGAGCGUUGAUUGAUGAAGAAGAAUUCAUGUAUAAAUACAUCAAAACCAAAGGUUAUGCGCGGAUCAUGACCAACUUUGGCAACUUGAACAUUGAGCUGUAUUGUGACAAGGCCCCUCGCGCAUGUCACAAUUUUAUCAUGCUAGCAAAAUCCGGUUAUUAUAACGGCGUCAUAUUUCACCGAAAUAUCAAGAAUUUCAUGAUCCAGGGCGGUGACCCGACAGGAACAGGAAGAGGUGGCGAAUCCUACUGGAAGCAACCUUUUCCAGAUGAAAUCAAGUUCAAUUUAUCGCACGAUGAUCGCGGCAUUCUGAGUAUGGCGAAUAAGGGCAAAGAUACCAAUGGAUCACAAUUUUUCAUUACGUAUGGACCUUGUACGCAGUUGGAUCGAAAACACACCAUUUUUGGCCGUGUGGUUGGCGGCUUGGAUGUUCUGAACAAGAUGGAAGCGGUGCCUGUGGAUGAUGCCGAUCGGCCGGAACGCGAUAUUCGAAUGAGAGAAGUGUCGGUGUUUGUCGAUCCGUAUGAGGAGUAUACCAAGCGGUUAAAGCGCAAACUCGAACGUGAAGCGAAUGCGGAAGCCGAUGAAGAGAAGCGACGUCAACAGCGUGAAAAAGAGGACAGUAUGGGAUGGUUCGGCCCCAAUAUCAAAAAGAAACUGAAUCAAGCCACGUCUACGAGCGGUGGAGGCGGGGGUGGCAUUGGUAAAUAUUUACAGUCAUCGACUCAGUCCGUCUCCUCAAAGAGCGGUGUGGCGGAGAGCGAUGACAUUCCAUCCGCUAUGCCACCAAAGAAACCCAAGUUAUCCGGCCGAGGCUAUGGCAACUUUGACAAUUUCUAAGAACUCUCCCUUCUCAUCCCUCUCUGCAUACAAUAAUAAAAUAGAAAAUUAUAAAUCGCUUAUAAUAACAUGGGCCAUCCUCCAUGACAAGGCAUUCCAUAAACAAU